GUAUCAGAAAUUCGUAGAGAGAGAGAGAGAGAGAGUCGCCGGCCGUCGAUCUGAAAAUGGAGAACAGCGACGUGUUAGGAUCGUCUACUGCACCAUUGACGUGGCAUGAUUUCCUUCAACGAAUGCGUGAUCCAACCGCUGCCGAUUUCGUCAAAUCCAUCAAAAGUUUUAUUGUAUCAUUUUUGAACAAUGCUCCGGACGCAGAGAGGGAUAGUGCAGCCGUGCAGGAGUUCCUUGGAAAUAUGGAAACAGCAUUCAGAGCUCAUUCACUUUGGGCUGGAUGUUCCGAGGAGGAGUUGGAGAGUGCUGGUGAAGGACUUGAGAAGUAUGUCAUGACGAAGCUAUUUACACGUACAUUUGCUUCACUUCCUGAAGAUGUGAAAGUUGAUGAACAGCUUCAUGAGAAAAUUGCUUUGAUUCAACAAUUUGUUAGGCCUGAGAAUUUGGAUAUCAAGCCAACAUUUCAAAAUGAAUCAUCAUGGUUGCUUGCGCAGAAGGAGCUACAAAAGAUAAAUAUGUACAGGGCACCAAGAGACAAACUUGUGUGUAUUCUUAAUUGUUGCAAGGUUAUCAAUAAUCUCCUGACUUCUGUUUCAGCAAAGGAUAACCCUCCAGGAGCAGAUGAUUUUCUUCCCGUUCUCAUAUAUGUCACCAUAAAGGCUAACCCCCCUCAGCUGCACUCAAAUCUACUGUAUAUACAAAGGUUUAGGCGGCAAACCCGCUUGGUUUCUGAAGCGGCAUACUUCUUCACAAACAUUCUUUCUGCAGAAUCUUUCAUUUCGAAUAUUGAUGCACAAGCUCUUUCUAUGGAUGAGACCGAGUUUGAAACAAAUAUGGAGUCUGCUCGAGCACUUCUUUCUGGUCUUUCAGCCGACAACAAUGUACUGGACCAGAGUGAUCAGAACGCUGGACCUGUUCCUGGUGCAGACACGUCUGACACCAAACAAAGUUUUAGGUCAAAUAGGCCUCCACACCCUGCUACACAGCCAAAUUUCUCAGUUGCAUCAACAGAAACAAACAUCAAGAACGAGGAUCAGUAUGUUAAAAGCCAGUCAUCAAUGGAAAAGAUCCCGUCACUGUCGGAUCUAGAAAACAGAGGGGCUAGUAUGCUGAUCAAGGAGGAUAGCAUCAGCCAAGUGUUCCAAAGUUUCCCCUACCUAUAUUCCCAGGCUGGUGAUCUAACAGUGGGUGAUAUCGAAGAACUACUAACCAAUUACAAGCGCCUAGUUAUCAAGUAUGUUUGCCUUGCUAAAGGAUCAGGCAUUGACAAUCCAUCUCCACCAUUGCCCAAUAAUGAAGGACAAACUCAGCACCCUGAAUUUGAAUUCAACACCGAAUCUGAAGUUGCCUCAGCAGGAGGGCUAAUUGAUGAGACACAGAAAGACAAGCCAAUCGAUGAGACACAGAAAGAUGAGCCAAUUGAUGAAACACAGAAAGACGAGCCAAUUGAUGAUACGCAGAAAGACAGGCCCGUGGAUUCUUCACUACUUGCAAAGUCUCUCGAGUCAGAUGAAUCAAAGUUAAAGGAAAAUGAAGAACUUUCAAGUAAGGGUGAAGAAGGGAGUUAGGUUUUACAGAUAAAUUCAGUGGAAAACUCAUAUAGAAUCAUGUGAUGUCUAAAGUUGUAUCUGUAUUUUUUAACAGCAAAAUGAGUAUCUACUUGAUUCUUUCUGGACAGUAGAAUAACCU